GCGGCGAUGCUGAAGGCUGCGAUGCGGCUGGUGGCGAGCCCCGGCGCGGUGUCGGCCACCGAGGCGCUGCUGGCGGCCGCCGCCUUGUGCCUGGUGUCGCUGCUGCUGCAGUGGCUGCGGCAGCCGGCGGUGCCCGAGGGGCUGCGGAGGCCGCCGGGCCCGCGGGGCUAUCCCAUCCUGGGGAACGUGCUGGAGCUGCGCAAGGACACGCACCUGGCGCUGACGCGGCUGAGCCGGCGCUACGGGGACGUGAUGGAGGUGCGCAUCGGCACGCGGGCCGUGCUGGUGCUCAGCGGGCUGGACACCAUCCGGCAAGCCCUGGUCAAGCAAGGAGAGGACUUCAUGGGGCGCCCCGACCUGCCCAGCUUCCACUACAUCUCCAACGGGCAGAGCCUGGCGUUCAGCCCCGACUCCGGGGAGGUGUGGAAAGCUCGCAGGAAGCUGGCCCAGAGCGCCCUGAAGAGCUUCUCCGUCGCCCCCAGCCCCACGUCGUCCUGCAGCUGCCUGCUGGAGGAGCACGUCUCCAAGGAGGCCGAGUACUUGGUCACCAAGUUCCUGCAGCUGAUGGAGGACGAGAAGAGGUUUGACCUUAACCAGUACCUGGUGGUGUCGGUGGCCAACGUCAUCUGCGCCAUGUGCUUCGGCAAGCGCUACGAGCACGACGACCAGGAGCUGCUCAGCCUGGUGAACAUGGGCAACGAAUUUGGGGAGGUGGCCGGCGGAGGCCACCCCGCCGACUUCAUCCCCGUGCUCCGGUACCUCCCCAGCCGCACCAUGGAGCUCUUCAAGGACAUCAACAGGCGCUUCAACGCCUUCGUGCAGAAAAUCGUGCAGGAGCACUACGGCAGCUUCGAUAAGGAGCACAUCCGGGACAUCACGGACUCGCUGAUCGGGCACUGCCAGAAGAGCGUCGGGGAGGACGCCCACGUCCAGCUCUCCAACGAGAAGAUCAUCCACAUCGUCAACGACCUCUUUGGGGCAGGCUUUGACACCGUGGCAACUGCCCUGUCCUGGAGCCUCAUGUACGUUGCCUUGUACCCCGAUGUCCAGAGGAAGAUCCAGGAAGAGCUCGACCAGACCAUCGGGCGGGAGAGGCGGCCGCGGCUGUCGGACCGGGGCACGCUGCCCUACACGGAAGCCUUUAUCCUGGAGACGUUCAGGCAUUCCUCCUUUGUGCCCUUCACCAUCCCACACAGCACGACAAAAGCCACGGUGCUGAACGGCUUCUACAUCCCCAAGGACACCUGCGUGUUCGUCAACCAGUGGCAAGUGAACCAUGACGAGACGCUUUGGAAGGAGCCCUCAGCCUUCAGGCCCGAGCGGUUCCUGACCGCCGCGGGCGAGCUGAGCCGGACGGAGAGCGAGAAGGUGCUGGCCUUCGGGCUGGGCAGGCGGCGCUGCCUCGGCGAGGCCAUCGGCCGCUGGGAGAUCUUCCUCUUCCUCACCACGCUGCUGCAGCAGCUGCAGUUCGGCCUGCGGCCCGGGGAGCGCGUGGACGUCACGCCCCAGUACGGACUGACCAUGAAGUACAAGAAGUGCGAGGCCUUCCACAUCCGGCAGCGUUUUCCCGUGAGAAGCUCCCCGUGAGCCGCCGGAGGAAGCGGCGCUGGGGGCCGGGCGCUCGGCCUUGUUUUUGCUGAGGCGCAGCCCCUCGCCGUGCCGCUCUCCUGGGAACGGCGGCCGGGCUCUGUGGGGCUCUCCCCGGAGCCGGCUCCGUCACCCCUUCCCGCACGGAUGCUCCCCGGAAGUCUCUUGGAGAGAUCACGGAUGGGGGACGCCCGAGGGUGGGAUGUGGUGGGAUGUGCUCCACCUGCCACGGGCAGCUCCCUCCGUCCAAAUAGAAAUAAACCUGCGGGUUCCUCCCUGCCCGGCCGUGUCCCACAGGCUGAAACCCUCUUUCCCGGCUCUUUGUGCCGCUGGGAACGGGUGCUUCCCGCUGCUUCAGAAAGGCUGCAGCAGCGCCCACCUGGAGGGGACCCGUCCUGGGUGCACCCACGCACCCGAAUUCCUUGAAUGUGAACUCAUGGAGUGAAUCCCUGAGCGUUCCUACUGAUUAUAAAAAAAAAAACAAAAAGCACAUCCACCAGCAGUGCCGCUCACAAAUUGAGAUUUUUAAAUCAAUGCCUACCACGGAGCCUCCUGGAAAAUCUCAGAGGGCUGGGGAAAAGAGACAGGGGAAUGUAGGACACUCCUGGCUUUCAGACUAACUCUGUAAUUGCUGCCUUUUAAAAUGUGAUUUUAUUUUUUCUUUACCAAGCAAUAGAUUUCUAUAUCCAGGUUAAGGAGCAAGGGUUUCAGGCUUGCAGGAAGUGCCUUGUGCUGCAUUCAGCUUUAGCCAGUGCAGAGGUGCAGCCCCAUGGCAAAUGGAGCAGCAGUUUCUGCCUGUUUGUGCCUGUUUGGAAUGCGGCUGUGUGCUGGGAUGGAAACCACGCCGUAUUU